AUGGAAACAUUCGUAGACAACAAAUUUGUUCUUCACCGAACAAAAUUUUUCAUUUUGAUCAGUUUACAAAUUCCAGCAAUUAUCAUUAGUCUAUUGAUUUUUGUAUUUUUCAUUAACCAUCGUACUACGUUAAAUGCACUUCAAAAUCAAGCGUUACUCCUCUUACUUAUUGUUGGUUUUGUUGAAUUGACCGCAGAUCUACCAAUGCCAAUACGCUACUAUUAUCUUGGAUAUGUUACUCCAGCAACGCCCGGCUAUUGUAAUUGGUGGACAUUUUUCGAGUAUAGUAUUCAUUUAAUAAGCGAACUUCUUAUGGCUACUAUUUCCAUUCAACGGCAUGCACUUAUAUUUAGCGCAAAUCUAUUUCGAUCUCGUCUCAAUCUCUAUGUUCUUUACUAUGCUCCUCUUGCCAUAUGUGUUACUUAUCCAUUUAUUUUCUAUAUUUUUAUUAUCUUGAUCUCUCCAUGUGAUGGCACUCAAUGGGACUAUACAUCGAAUUUAUGUGGCUAUGCGAACUGUUAUCUUCUCUACAAUCGGUUUUUAGGUAUGUACGAUUGGGCAGCGAAUAAUGGUUCACCAGCUAUUGUCAUUAUGUUGGCUAAUUUUGCACUUGUUCUACGCGUUAUUCGUCAUAAGCGACGUCAACAAGGGGGAUAUUCUUGGAAAAAACAACGGCGCAUGACAUUACAAUUAGUCUUUAUUUCGAGUCUUUAUUUAUUUGCAUGGCUACCCAGUCUUGCUAUAGGUGUCACUCAAAUAAUGAUUUCUCCAAGUUUCCUGGCAAAUAUUCAAACAGAUUAUACGCUUGAUUUCAUGUACUUAAUAAGUCUUCUAUCACCGUGGGUCUAUAUCAAACUGUUGCCAGACUUCCAGAGAUGGAUUUCAAAGAAUGUCCAUCGUGGAGAACUAACGCAGAAUACUGUUAGACCUGUAUGA